AUGGAACCAACAAAUAGACUCAUUGAUAGAGAGGUUUAUAAGGAUGAAAGUCUGAGAAUGCACUUGUACGAUGAAAUUAACGAUCUAACCUCUGAACUCUCAACUAAAUUAAACCUUCUCAAUUCCGUCCUUAGUGAAGACACUCCUUACCAUAGAAAUCAAGUCCCUUUCGAGUUUUUAAAGUCCAUGCACAACCUUUCUGAAAGUAUUUCAUUCCUCACCAGAGACACGAUAUUCGAAAGACAAUCAGAAAUCAAAUUUAGAGAACUAGAACAGUAUGCAAACUCCUUAGAAAGAAAGCUUGUAAAUUACAAAAAACUUGGGAAGGAUUCUGAAGUUUCACUUGCUCAAUGUAAAAAAUUAUACACCAAAUCUAAGGAUGAAAGCAAUAAGAAGAUUCAUGACCUUACCACCUCCUUACACGGAAGAUUGGAUGAAAUACAACUUCUUAAAAAAGGACUUUCCAAUGAAAAAGAUAUAACCAAUUCUUUAAAAACAGAAAUUGAUAGACUCAAAUAUAGACUAUCAAUUGAGGUUACACAAACAGAGAGUCUAAGAAAAUCCAACGACAUUCUCAGACAGCAACUGCUCAAAACACAAGAUUACUCCAACUUUUUACACAAGGAAAUUUUGAAAAUAGAGGACUUUCCACUGAAUCUCAAAAUUUCCAAUCUAAUUUCUAAUGAAACAAAACAAUCACCAAACCUUAAUCAAACGAUCAAUGCAACUUCAAUAUAA